AUGAAUGAACAAUUUUCGAAAACCAUUCUUUAUGGAGAUGCGAUUACAUCACGUGUUUUAAAACACAGAAUUAAUAAAUUAACAAGAAAUCUUUUACGAAAAUCGAAAAAAAAUCAGAUCCUUCAUAAACAAAAUGGAACUCUUGAAAUUUGGAAUCAGAAAACUUUUGGAAAUACAAAAUUAAAACAUAAAAAACCUAUUCCAUUAAUUAAAGAAGAUACUGUUAAUAUGCAAAUUUUAUCGGGAACUUCUUUACCAAAUUCAGUGUUUCGUAAGAAAAUAAAAGAAGAAAUUCCACCAACUCCCGCCCCAAACAACAUUUCCACAAUUGAUUUAUAUUAUGAGAAGAUGCAUACAAUUGAAGAGCUAAUGGCCAAGGCCGAUAAAAUUAUAGAGCAACACGAAGAGAUAAAAAGAAAAGAAAUAAUUCGGUUGAAUUUUGGUUCGAGUUCAUAUUCGAAAUUUUAA